UGCAAUAGAAGUUCAUUAUUACAAUGUGUGCCAGUUGGAGCAGCAGCAGCCGCAACAGUGGCGGCAAUCAGAAAACUCCUGCAAGAAGUAACCGCAGUUUCAGUAACACUUCAAAUGCUGACAGGAUCAGCUGUCAUGUGAGUUGUGUUAUUUGCUCGGAACAGUAUAAGGCUGCGGAUAAUAUAUAUGCUGGAACCUGCGGACACGUCUUCCACUGGACGUGCUUGCAGCGCUGGUGGGAGGAGUCAAAGCAAUGUCCCAUUUGUCGCAGUACAAAUGCCGAUUAUUUUCAAAUCUAUUUGGACUUUGAAGAGACAACUCCCAGCUCCCAAAAUCAAAGCCGAAGCCACGAAAACGUAACCGGAAUCGGUGGAUGUGCAAACCAACAUGAGAAUCUGCUUUACGAGGCGGAACUCUACCGGAAGGAGAUUGAGUAUUUAAACGCACGCAUCAGACAUUUAAAGAUGAACAGUUUGUGUGAACGGUUUUCUUGCAUAUUCGAUGAUUCAGAUUAGUCAGUACGGCAUAAGCAUACGCUUAAAAAUAAGUAUAUUCAUUACGUGCAUAUUUA